AAUUUUUAAAAUGAUCAUAAAAGUUGGUCACCUUAAUGGUGAAGUUAAACUAUAUGAUUUGGCUGAUUCAACCUCAGCCGGUCAUUUGAUGUAACUUAUUCAAUCUGAAUUGGGUUGUGAAGUUUCAUUAGUCAACUCUGGAGAAGCUGUAGCAGCAUCUGCAUUUUUAGGUAAUUACAACCACUAAUUAAUUAUAGGUACCGAAGGAAUUUACUAUGUAACUGUUGAUGCAGAAGGAGGUAAGAAGAAAAAGAAGAAGAAGAAGAAUUUUGCUAAACCCAAAAAGAAGAAGCACCGACACCGAAAAGUCAAAUUGGCUACACUCAAGCUAUAUACCAUUGACAAUAAAGGUGUUGUUUAAAGAUCUCACAAACAAUGCCCAUAAUGUCCAUAAGGAGUAUAUAUGGCUAAGCAUUUUGAUAGACACUAUUGUGGCACAUGCCAUUAAACAUUUAGAAUGGACGAAGCAACCGUAAGAGUCUAUUAAUAAUUAUUAGAUCAAAGCUAACUUGGAAGCUAUUAAAAAAUAACAAGCAGCUAAAGCAGCAGCUGCCGCUGCCGCAGCCCCAGCAGGAGGAGCUGCAGCUGGAGGUGCCGCUGGUGGUAAGAAAGGAAAGAAAAAGUGAUCAUCAGUAUAAUAACAUUAAAUAUAAUAUUGAAUAAUCC